AUGGCAGUGGGCGUUCGUCAACAAGAAACAGAAGACGCCUCAAGGUCAUUGAACCGCACGCCAGUGAGAACAGGAGCCACUCCUACCGAUGAUGAAGUGGCUCAUAGCCUAAGUCUAUCCCAUCAGCGCCAAAGAUGGACCUUGAUUUCGUAUUGGCAAAAUUAUAAUAUUCUUGUGAGAUUUCGUGUUGAUGUUGCAUCCACAACUCAUUACGAUAUUUGCAUUCAUUCAACCUCUCCGGAUCACUUGCAACGCUUCCUUUCUUCCCUCUAUGAAUCAGCAUCUCCGUGGUUUAUCAUCCCAGGAAAAAGUAGAAUCUUUUCCCCAAGGCCAGCAAGGAAUCUACCAGAAUUUACUGUGGGGAACAAUGUUGUACCUUUAUGCACACAAUAUAUUUAUUUGGGAGCGCCAGUGCAAAUUACACCGUCCAUUCCAGCAAGACAGAGAGUACAUCCCAUUGUUCAAGAUCUGCUGGCCCGGUUACAGCGACGCCUGACUCCUCUCAAGUGGCUUACUAAUUAUUCUGCAGGAGUAUCUACCCCAGUUGCCAGAACCAUAUAUAUUUCUUUCAUCCGCUCAGUGAUAGAUUUUCUUUCCCCUGCACUAUGUCAACUCUCCAGAUUAACUCUACAGCCGCUUGAAAAAUUCCAGAACCAAGCAAUGAGAUUCAUUCUAGGUUGUCCAGCAUCCACUAGAAUUGUAAACAUGCAACACGAACUCCAUCUCCCUCCACUCGUUGAGAGAAUAUACUCCAAUAUCACCUACUUCAGUAUCAAAUGCCUGUAUUACCCUCACCUGUCUCCUCACUAUUCAAACAUCAUCAGAACUUCUCUCGAUCUAGAUGCACCUCGUCCACAACUACACCAGGGGGGACGUACACUAGUUAGUACUGUCUGUUCAGGCAUUCGGGGGCUUGACAUCAACAUCGUGGCAGAGAACGUGGAUCAUGGCCUUGCACCCUGGCAAACUCCUAUGCCAGCAAUCUCUUACACUCCAGUCUCUAAGACUGACUUGCCUCAACUUCAACAACAACGUGCAUUGGAGACCAUCGACAGACUAUCCUCGUCCCUCAGUGUAGCCCAUCACCUCUACACAGACGGCUCCCUACAGCAGGAUGGCAGUGCUGGAUGUGCGGUUUUCUCCCCCACUUUGGAACCCCCGCCAGAGGGCUGGACAGGCCGUCGCCUCCCAAGGUCAUCAAGCUCCACGUAUUGUGAACUACAUGGACUUCUAGAUGCAGUUAUUUUAAUCACACGGACCAGAAACAACGGCUUGAUCAUCUGCGACUCGCAACCAGCACUCCAAGCCCUUUCAUCACAUAAGCCAGCAUACCAGCCCCUGGUUACACAAAUACAUAGGCAACUAGACAUGGCCAACAUGAGCUCACUGGUAGUGCACUUCCUAUGGAUUCCCUCUCACGUGGGUCUUCUGGCUAACAACACCGCUGACCAUCUCGCAAAGGCUGCCUGUCAACUGGAUCCUCCAGAUGCUGAUGCUCCCAGUCCAUCGCUCCUGAGCUGCAGAAAAAUGGUGCGCCAAGCUGCUCGCUCACCUACUCAUCAUCGUAGUAAUGCCGAGAGAGCCACCAGUGAAUCAAUACAGCAUUAUGAUCACUUCUCUCCUCACCAACACAAGUAUCGCCGCAGUGGACUCAUGGUUCGUCAAAAUAACGAGGUUUGUGCGUGUCUUCGGCUCGGUUGGCAACCAGUUUGGCAGGUGGCUGAGCAAGAUGGAGUUCCUCACUUCUCCUCCUGUGGUGGUCCUCAUGAAAGUUUAGCUCUAGAAUUUUCGGAGGAAGCUUUGGUAAGAUUGGGCCUACUGGAGCAAGAAGCAGUUGAGGUGUUGGCAGAUGUUUCUGAUAUUUUUCAGGAUAUGUUGUCUAAUCAAAAAGAAUUAAAUAAAAGUGUAAAAGAAUUAAAUGGAAGUGUAAGGGUAAUAGCUGACAGCAUGGUAAAGCAUGGUAACCAUGACUGA